AGUUUUGGUUUCUUUCUUUCAUCAUCUAUGUCUGUUCCACCUUCUCCUGUCCUAGAUGGCGAGCAAAAACAGGAUGCCUACGAGCAGGCAACAGGCCCUGACGAUGGCGGUAGCCUGGAUGCCAUGAACGGUGGCGAUGAUCAUCACAAACUACUGGGCCCGGACAAUGAAAAUCCUGUAGACUAUUCCCGUGGCUCCAACAUCAGUGCUUCAAUUCCCCCAAAACCAGAUGUCGAACCUCCUGUGCUUCGUGAAAAGCAGGUCAAGCCGAACAAAGUAUAUAUUGGUGGCCUUCCGGAACAUACAAGGCAAGAGGAUCUACAAAAUUGUUUUGGAAAGAUUGGGAACAUAGUGGGUGUUGAACUCAAAGCUGGAUACGGUUUUGUCGAAUUUGAUACCCGCGAAGCUGCUGAAAUGAGUGUAAGCAAAUACCAUGAAGGUACAUUCAUGGGCAACAAAAUCCGAGUCGAGCUUUCUCGUGGAGGAGGUAGGACUGCAAAGUACGCUGGUGACCCGUUGUCGUGUUUUAGAUGCGGACAGUUGGGCCACUGGGCUAGGGAAUGCCCUCUUCAUCCAGGACCACCUCCUAGUAGCUCUUCUCGUCGCAACGAAGCAUCGUUGAUUGACCGCAUUGAUCGCGCUCACCGAGAUCAUCUUCCUCCUCCACCGCGGAGUCCUCAUCGGCUGUCCCCUCUUCGUGAUGCUCGUGACACUCGUGCUUCUCGCUACGACUAUCCUCCUCCCCGUGACUAUCGCCGGCCUCUUUCGCCUCCUCGUGAUUACUACCCUCCGCCCCCGCCUCGCUCUCGAUACGAUGAUUACCCUAGAGAACGCGACCGCUAUGUCCCUCCGCCGCCCCCGCCUGAUUAUCGAAAUAGUAGUAGUCGAUACCCUGAACCUGCUUACCGUCGUGCUGCGCCUCCUUCUCCCUAUGCCUACGAUCGCUACGACCGCUACAGCCGCGAUUCAAAAUACAGUAAUUAUCCGCCCCCUCCGCCUCCCCCUGUGGUGCCGCUCGGACGAUCUCGGACACCUCCCAAGUAUCGCGAUGAUUAUCCUCCACCACGUGAUUACGACCUACGGGAUCGUGGAAGGCCUGUGACACCUCCGCGCUAUUCAGAUUAUCCUCCGCCUAGAGCCAUGACUCCAGAACGAUACCCUAGGCGUUCUGCAAGUCCUCCUCCUCGCUCGGCUGCUGUGUAUGACUAUCCCUCGGGCCCCCAAAAUGGUAACUACGCGUCAACCCCUCCUGGGCCUCCUCCGCGUUCUAGUAGGGAUUACAGCCGCUCAGGACGCGAUGCUCCAGACUUGUAUAGAAGAGCCUAGUCCCAGCAAAAACGAACGAUUUUGUCGCCUUCAAGUCUUUUCAAUUUUUUGUCUAUAUACAGCACUAUCUAAACGUUCCAGCUAAUUACUAUACUAC